AGAGUGCUUGUUUCAGUGAGAAUAGAGAACAGUGAGAGAACCAUUUAUGGUGAGUGUGUGGGAUACAGGAUGAAAUUGGACUUUGGAAAUGUUGGAAAAAGAACAAGGGUGAAAGUAUUAAGUUGCGAGUGGAAGAAUUACAAUGUGUGUUAGCGUCUUCACACACUGACCACAAGACUGACACCAACGUGCUGUCUCUGGUUCGUCAUCAUUCUCGUUCAUUUGCAGUGAAACGGUAUCAGGCAAGCAGAGCUGUUAUUCUUCAGAAACACCUAUGACAUCAGAGGUGGUAGGCAGGGCUGCCGCCCAUCCUACAGAGGAAAACUCACCAUCCUUCCCUGUUGCUCAAUCUUUGUGGACCUCCUUCAACCCAACAGGAACAGUGCUGCAUGUUCCCCUGUUACAGCGGCCUCUACUCUUCUAGACAGAGACCAGACAGAGAGGGGACAGGGGAGUCAGAAGUCAGUGAUCACUGGACCAUGGAAUACGUGCAGCUACGCAGGACCUCCAACUGAGAGGCCAGCCCCAGCAAACUCCCAGAGGACCACUUCCAUAGCCUGCUAGACUCCACACACCAGACAGUCACAGGUCCUCAGCUGACACACAGGCCUGCUGGGGGAAAGGAGAAGAAGAAAGGAGCUAUGGACCCCAGGACAUGGAGCCUGCUGGUUCUGGUGGGGCUGUCCCUGUGGGGCGCCAUCGAGAGCCUCACCAGGGGCUCCCCCCUUAAACGGAGACGACGGGCCACUGAGGAAGGGGCGGGCGGGGAACCCAAGAAGUGUUCGUACACCUUCCUGGUCCCCGAGCAGAAGAUCAAAGGCCCUAUCUGUGCCAGCCGGGUCCCGUCGACGGACAAGGACCGCGUGACGCGCCUGGACGUGGCGGUGGUGCGGGACCUCCUCUCCAAGCAGCGGCGCGAGAUGGAGACGCUCAGGCUGGUGGUGGACGUGGACGGCAACAUGGUGAACGAGAUGAAGCUCCUGAGGAAGGAGAGCAGAAACAUGAACUCCAGGGUGACGCAGCUCUACAUGCAGCUGCUGCACGAGAUCAUCAGGAAGAGGGACAACUCCCUGGAGCUGGCCCAGCUGGAGGGACGCAUCCUCAACGCCACGGCCGAGUCUCUGCGCCUGGCCGCGCGCUACCGUGAGCUGGAGGUCCGCUACUCGGCCCUGUCGGCCGUGGUCAAUAACCAGUCUGUGCUGAUCGGGGCCUUGGAGGAGCGUUGUCUGCAGGUGUACGGGCGCCGGCACGAGCAGCCUCCUCUGGGACCUCCACUGGUGCAGGUGGUUCCGGAGAACAUCCCUGUCAGCAUCCCACGCUUCACCAACGAGAUCCAGAGGGACCAUAGCAGGACGUUCCCCCGAGAACGGGGCUCCCGCUCUGGGCCUUCGCCCACAGGCACCACCCUGGAGGUCAAGAAGCCACCACAGGGCAACUUCAGUGCUGAGGGUCCUUAUCGAGACUGCCAGCAGGCUCAGGAGGCGGGCCACAGCACCAGCGGCAUGUACCUGCUCAAACCAGACGAGGCGGAGCGGCCCAUGCAGGUGUGGUGUGAGCAGGGCCUGGACAACGGAGGAUGGACAGUCAUCCAGAGCAGGAGGGACGGAUCCAUUAACUUCUUCCGGAACUGGGACAACUAUAAGAAUGGCUUUGGCAACAUUGACGGUGAGUACUGGCUGGGGCUGGAGGGCAUCUACAACAUGGGGAAGCAGGGCGACUACCGCCUCCUGGUGGAGCUGGAGGACUGGGUGGGGAAGAAGGUGUAUGCUGAGUACAGCAGCUUCCAUCUGGAGCCCGAGAGCGAAGGCUACCGGCUGAGGCUGGGCACCUACCAGGGCAACGCCGGAGACUCCCUCAGCAGCCACAACGGCAAGCAGUUUACCACCCUGGACCGAGACAAGGACGCGUUCUCAGGUAACUGUGCACACUUCCAUAAAGGUGGCUGGUGGUACAACACGUGUGGUCAGGCCAAUCUGAACGGUGUGUGGUACACCGGCGGGGUCUACCGCAGCAAGUUCCAGGACGGCAUCUUCUGGGCCGACUACGGGGGAGGCUUCUACUCCAUGAAGGGGGUCCGCAUGAUGAUCAGACCCAUAGACUGAGGCUAGGGGAAGAGCAUGGGCCGCCUAACCCUCAGCCCCGUCACAAAACGCUCACUGGAGCUCUCAUCACACUCACAGACAUGGACCGGGCAACAAUAAUGUGUGACAGUGAUCUCACAUUAUUUUAUAUCAAAACCACAUAUCACAGUUGACUAAAGGUGGAGGGGUUUUGAUAAAGUGCCUUCAUCCUCAUGGUAGGCCUGGCUGUGAGGGUUGACCAGAGUCAAGAAGCUUUAGGUAUCCUGUGAGCAGCAUCUUGCUGGUAGAGCACUGGCUUUUCCCGCAGGCUCCAAGAUCCUGUUCGACCUGAAACAAGACUAUGGUAUUACCUGGGGUUUCUAGACUUAGACAAGUGAUGGCUAGACCAGGCCUACCUUUUAACGGGGAGACAACAAUGAGAAUCCAUCAGAGGGUGUGGCCAUCAUAUAUACAUGCUAUUCAUAGACCAGAGACUAAAAUGGUAAGGCAACUAAUUAUAGAGGUAUGUAAAUAGCUUUGAGUACAUUUGUAAUAGCAUCUUGAAAGUUCCAAUGCAAGUAACUUGAAAUGCUUGAUGGUGUAUGAGUACUAUUAAAUAUUAUAAUAACGUGGAAAAUGGACCAGGCGUCCUGAGGAAGCAGUAAAUUAUCUUAUGGAAAACAUUCUCUCUUUGCUGUAUUUGUGGCAACCAUGGACCAUGUCCUGUUUUGUGUUUGAACAGUUCCCUUGCAGUAGUGUAUGUGUGUCGCUGUUUUGCUUUUCUCAUUUUGCAGCUGAUUAAAUCUCAAUGUGAGACUGUGAAAAACAA